CAAAAUUGUAAGCUAUUUUGGUGGAUCGUACCAACGAUCACACUGAAGUCGUCAAGCACCGCUGCGUCUAAAAUCAUCUCUCAUACUCAAAGUACAACAAUGUCAACUCCAACCGCUUCGUCCAUUCGCCCGUAAAAAUUAUAUCAUUUCGGCCUCGCGGCCACUUUCAUACGGGAAAAUCGCACUGAUACCAUCGCAUCCCCCGCCAAAUCGCCAGAAAUGGCAGCCUUGGACGCCACGGCUGCGCUAGCUCCAACUUCGCCGUCUUCUUCCUACCGGCACCCAUAUCCUCGCCUAGCUAUUCUUGGUGGCGGUAUUGCUGGUCUCACACUAUCCAUUGCCCUACGCAAACGGUCCAUCCCGCAUGUCCUCUUUGAAGCAACGCCAGCCUUUGGCACAGUUGGUGCCGGCAUCGCACUCGGCCCCAACUCGACUCGUGCGAUGAGCAUCAUCUCUCCGGAAUUGAGAGCCAUGUACGAGUCAAUGGCAUCGGGAAAUACAUCGCCAGAGAAGCAACACGUCUUUGCUGAUUUCCUGCUCUCAGAACCAGGUUUAGGUCAGAACAGAGGCUUCCAUGGCGCCGAAGUCGGUGGUGGUAGCUUUGUAAAAAGCUCAGCAUACAGAAAAGAAUUGAUUGAUGGCCUGGAAAGCAUGUUGGAUAAAGACUGUAUAAACUUGGGUAUGAGGGCUACGGCAGUGACGCGAGACGGAGAUAAAGUCAAGGUGGUCUUUCAAGAUGGUAGCGAGCAUGUGUUUGAUGCAGUGAUUGGAUGUGAUGGUGCCAAGGGCGUCUCAAGAGCAGCGGUAGUGCCGCCUCAAUAUGUAGACGCCAAGUACUCCGGACGAUAUGUCUACAGAGCCUUGCUUCCACCCGGUAAAGCUCAAGAGAUUUUGGGUGAUAUUAUCAAGGACGGCAAGAUUUUCAUCGGGCAAGGGGUUUACUUUGGACUAUAUCCACUUUCUAAAGGCCGCUAUAACUUCCUUUGCGGAACACAAAAGAAUAUGGAUUGGCCUGAUAAACAGUGGACAAAAGGGGUCACAAGAGAGGAGAUGCUCGCGGACUUUGCUGGUUGCGACGAGCGCCUCCUGACCUUUCUUCAGUAUGUCGAACCUGUUCGAUGGGCAUUAUUCCAUCACUUCGAUACGCCAACCUACGCUUCCUGUCGAGUUGCCCUAGUUGGCGACGUGGCCCACGCCAGCACACCACAUCAGGGCUCUGGCGCUGGCCAAUGUUUCGAAGAUGUUGCUGUGCUAUCGCAUCUGUUGACGCUUGUUGCAGACAAGACAGACUUGGAUAUUGCUUUUGAUACAUAUGACACCAUUUGUCGGCCCCGCGGACAAGGAAUCGUGCACACGAGCGAUGAAGCGGGGAGGAUCUUCACCUUUACACAACCCAAACUCGGUGACGAUAUCGCCGCCAUUGCGCAGAAUCUUCAAAGUCGGUUUACAUGGAUCUGGGAACAUGAUUUGCAAAGAGAUAUUCGCCGCGCGGAGGAGGCAUUCACGCAGCGGAAAACUAAACUCGAAAAUGGUGGUGGGUAAUUAGGCUACAUCGUAGCCAAGGUGUAUUAAUCUCUAUAAUGAAUACAAGCAGAUCAUGAGGCUCGCUAGUAAAAAGAAUAUGAAAAUUCAAACCAGAUUUAGACGCCGGAAUCGUAAAGUCGACAUGUUUUGAAACGAAUGAGUAAAGGCUGAGGAGGAGCAUAUAGCCGGGCAGAGAAAUCACGGCCGAAGUCGGUCAAUUGAUAUCACCACUCCAUUUUGUGAGGCACCAUCUGAUGAUUGCAGUUCCAUAUCCUGUGGGUAUGAUGAGGCAGCCGAUGCAACGACUACUGAUUUUGCCGAAACGGAGCCAUGAAACCGCGAGUAACCUUCGUCACCGGGUUCGAUGAUGGUCUGGUCUUCCCAGAAGGAGUGAAUCCAUGAGAAGCAGGGUCGCAUAACGACUAGACUAGCGGCGAUAAUGGCGACAUUCAUCUCGAUGGAUGCCGCUGUGGUGGACGGAAUAAGAGUCCAUGUCGUAUCUGUGUGGGAUUUUGUUGCUGAUGUGGCAAUAAAACUGAGGCGAACAAUGCUGCAGGCCGUAUCACUAUCGAAUUUGUUAGAACAAGUCUUGUACUUUGAGUGGCUGGAUAAGGCACGUACACAAGGCCAAGCAGAAUUAAGCCGACAAGCUGCGUGAUUUCUCGUUUGCGAAAUCUUGUCCGCAGAAGCAACGGCAGGGGAAUGCCGAUGAGCAGCAAGCUGGUCAAGAUAUUGGCAGCUGCUGUUGAGUAUAAGAAUGCGCCAUUGUUAAUGCAAUAUCCUUCAGUCUUUGGCGCCCAGGAUUUGUAGAUAGGAGUACAGGCAAAGACCGAAACAAAUGUUGCGGCAGUAUAGUAGCCAAAGACAAUGAUAGCGGUAAAGUAGUUGACAGCGC